AUGGCAGGCGCGAAUACAUCCGCGAAGUAUCGGCAGAAACCUGCAAAAAUUAUACAACACCGGAACUAUAUUCCUGGGAAACAACGGCCUCAUCACGGACAUCAAGGUGAAUACCACCACCACCGUAGCUUGACCCUCGCAGGAACCACCAGAACCGACGGAACAUGCUUCGGAACUCAGUUCAGCGACCCGUUUGGCACUUGGGAUAACGUGGUCGUUCAAGCAUCUAUAAAAUUACCACCCGAAGACUCGAGCUCCCCGUCAGACAUAGCACCAAUAAAAGAUAUUCCAGAAGAGCAAAUUGGAAAUCCCACCGUAACGUUGCGUGAGGAUGGACUGUAUAAUAUUUUAUCACGCGUUGCCUUAUUGGAUGAAGAUUUACCGGAAGCAACAAUUGUCAAAUGUUUACUCAGUAUACCGAAGGCAACGUAUAAUGUGUCUCGCAAAACUGUCUAUUAUACUGGAACGUUUACUACUACAUCAACUACUACAACGAAGCUACAUCGUAAAAUGGAAAUCCAAGCCUUAGACAAAUCAGAAUCUGAUAAUAAUGAUGAUAACUCUGCUGGCUACGUGUCAAUUAAUCUUCCAUUAUUAUUUAUACAAUUAGCAAUUUUCAUUUCAUCAAUAAUUCAAUAGGUAAAUUUAAUAUUAUAAUACGCAUUAAUUUUAUGUUUUGUAUACGUGUGAGUGUGCGUAUGUGUGUGUGUAUGACACUCUCCCGCAAAAUAAAUGGCUACCAAAUUUAGCACAAUUUUUUGA